AUGACUAUCUCCACUCGGCGACCUGCUCUUGACCUCUGGCCAUUCGUCGAAGCAAACGAAGCGAACGAAGCCAACGAGAUCAGUUUCUUCGCUCUUUUUGAUUCCUUUCUUCAACUACGUAUUCUAUCGAAUUCCUCGGUCAUUUUGUAUAAGACCAUCUCAAACGCCUUUUCGAAAUCUCGAGACAGCACAUUCUCGCGAUGCCUGAAUGUCAGUGAUAGUGACCUUACUGGGACGUUUUCUUACGUAAUGAGCUCGGAGGACAGCGGGAUAUUAGCGAUUGUAAAACUGAUUGUAGAGCAGAUUAUAACAAUUGGGCUUGCGGGAGAGCGAGUAAUAAAGGUAGCGUCGAAUAGGGUUAUGGCAUAUCCUUUGCAAAAAAGAAAACGUAAAAAGAGAAUGCACGUUGGUGACCGAUUACGGCUUCGUCAAAUACUUAACUCAGAAAGUUACGAUUUCGAGAAUACUCCUUAUUUCUCUUGUGUCCUAGAUACGGGAUUGUAG